AUGGCGGAAUGCACAGAUCCUCAGUGUUCUGCAAUCAAACCCUGUGAAGAAGACCAAGCUACAGGAUCACCAACUGAAAAGUGUCAGUUUUUUCCUGAGAAAAAUCAGAGGACUACAUCCUCAAUUAUGUUUUUCCAGGGACUUAAUGCAAUCACUGAGUUUUGUGACUCGAAGUCCCACAAUGAAGAAGCUCCCAAUAUGCAAAAUAAGAUGUGCAAGUCUAAGAGUGUUUGGGAGGUGAUUGAACAGUCCAAAGACUUCAAGGCCAGUGUGCCCAUGAGUGGCAGUGUUCCUCCAUCGACUACGUUUACUUACCUUCAAGGGGGAAAUCGAAUUGUCUGUCUCGUUCUGGAUACCGCACAAAGAAAGGACAGACUACGUCAGGCAGCAGAGCUUUUUAUUCUCCAGAUCAUUGAAACGGGUUCCCAGCUUGGAAUUGUGCAGUUUAAUAGUGCAGCAACUACUCUCCAAGAAUUAACUACUAUUAAAGAUGAUGCAACUCGAACUGCACUUACCAAACGUCUACCCAAUCUUGCAAGUGGCGGAACAAGCAUCUGUUCUGGAAUCAGGAAAGCAUUUGAGGAGUUCAAAAAACAAAACCCACAGAUAAAUGGUAACGAGAUAGUAUUGCUGACUGAUGGAGAAGAUGGUACAGUUGGUUCAUGUGUGAAUGAAGUUCAAACAAGUGGCACAAUCGUCCACACAAUAGCCCUCGGACCAAGUGCAGCUAAAGAACUUGAGACAAUGUCCAACAUCACAGGAGGCUUACAGUUUUCAGCCACUGAUAGUCUUGACUCCAAUGGACUCAUAGAUGCAUUUGCUGGAAUUUCUUCAAGAGAUGGAAAUACAACCAAUCAGGCUCUUCAGCUUGAAAGUGCUGGAAAGAGCACUCCUAGCAAAGACUGGCUAAAUGGAACUGUGCCCAUCGACAGAACAGUUGGGAACGAUACCUUUUUUGUGGUGACGUGGCAGGCAGAUCAACCUACUAUUUCUGUAUUCAGCCCAACUGGAAUUGACCACAGUGCUAGUUUUGCUGUAGAUGUAGAUUUAAAAGUGUCUCGUUUGAAAAUCCCUGGGACAGCAAAGGCAGGAGACUGGCGCUAUCACAUUUACAAUGUAAAUUCUGCUGCUCAGACACUGACUAUGACGGUGACAUCUCGUGCAGCAAAUGCAAAUGACCCUCCAGUGACUGUUAACGCUCAUAUGAAUGCAGACAGUGCUGAUGCAAAAAGUCCAAUUAAAGUGUAUGCUGAAGUGAGCAAAGGAUAUUUACCAGUCCUGGGGCAACAGUCACAGCUUUUAUCGAAAGUAACACAAAUAAUCAAGAGCUUCGGCUGUGCAGAUGCCAUCAAGAAUGAUGGUGUCUAUUCUGGUUACUUUAUUAAUUUCAGUGGCAAUGGUAGAUACAGCCUAAAAGUAAAAGUUCAAGGAGGAGAAAGUGUGACAAGACUGUCUGACCGAAAGGGGACUCGUGCCUAUUACAAUCCUGGAUACUAUGUAGAUGGUAAAAUUGAAAAGAACCCAGACAAACCCCCAGUACCUGAAGAAGACCUUCAAACUGAUUUAGGAAACUUCACCAGGACCACUACUGGAGGCGUAUUUGUGGUGACAGGCUCACCGCCUGGCGCACAGCCUCCUGUCUUUCCACCCUGCCAAAUAACAGACCUGGAUGCAAAUAUUAAAGAUGAAAAGGUUUUUCUCAAAUGGACAGCACCUGGAGGAAACAUGGACCAAGGCACAGCCGCAAAGUAUGAAAUACGGAUGAGUACAACUUAUCAAGACCUGAAAGAUCAGUUUGACAAUGCCACAGUUGUAAAUACAUCUAAUGUUGCGCCUCAAGAAGCAGGCAACAUGGAAUCGUUUUCUUUUAAACCUGAAGACAUUACUAUAGAAAAUGGAACAAUCAUUUAUUUUGCUGCAAGGGCUGUUGGCAGCUCUUCUCUUAUGGCAGACGUUUCCAACAUCGCCCAAGGACAAAUGGUACUCCCUUAUAUCCCUGCAGUGCCUGACCCUAACCCUAACCCUAACCCUGGUACUUCCGAGGGGACAGGUGGUAUAAAUAUUACAACUCUUGUUUUAGCUAUAACAUGCUCCAUUGCUGGCAUCUGCAUUAUUGCAAGCAUUAGCAUGUGUAUUGUAAAGAAGACUCAAAGAAGAAGAAUAGCUCCAGCCGUAUGA